GACUUGUCACUAGACUGCUGAACAUAUUUUAACUUUGCUUCUAGUUUCGACAACAAACCUCUUGGUUUACGCGCCGGCUACAAUUUUGUUUUUUAAAAUUAUUAAUCAUAUAAGUAUUCAAAAACAUGUUCAUAUAAUCAUUGAACUCAUUGUUAACGUUAGGAGAAAUUACAUGAGCGAUUGAAGUUACAGUGAAGUGGAUUAAAAAAUAAUAAUGCACUUUCAUCGCCGUGGUUUACGGAGUUAAACAUGGAUUCGAAGCUUUUUAGAAUUAUUAUAGGCGUACUCUAUUUAGUACUGUUAGCCUCUGCGGAUGAAGGCAUAAACGUAGAUGGUGUGUGCAAUUCUACAACAUCUGAGCGAGUACAUUACGAAUUCAAUUCAGAUGUAGUCAGUAGCGAACAUAUAAUAACUUACAAGGGUUACUUCCCACGAUCGACUCGAGAGAACUAUGUCAGCGCAGCUUUGAGGAAUGCAGGGAUAUCAAACUGGACUUUGUUGCGACGUGACAACCCGGCGCGAGAGUAUCCGAGUGACUUUGAUGUGAUAAUCCUUGAAGAUGGUGGCAGACGAGCUCUGGAUGCUCUCAAAGACCAUCCAGCCAUCCGACGGGUUACAGCACAGCGACAAGUCACUCGUACCAUCAAAUAUAUAAACGAGGAUGAUUGCGGUCCAACCGGGUGUUUGUAUGCGGGUUGGCGCAAUCAUCGCGCACGUGCACUGCACUCCCUCAGGCAACCGCGCGAGAAUGGUGGCUACACGUCCAGGAAACUUUUGCGGACAGUUCCACGACAGAUAACGUCGGUGCUGAAGGCAGACCUACUGUGGUCUCUUGGGGUCACUGGCGAGGGUAUAAGAGUGGCGGUGUUCGACACGGGUUUAGCACGAAAUCACCCGCACUUCGGCCGCAUUAGGGAGCGAACAGACUGGACGGGUGAAAACACACUGGACGACGCGCUUGGACACGGCACGUUCGUCGCGGGUGUAAUCGCUUCGAGGUCCGAUUGUCUCGGCUUCGCGCCUGACGCCGACCUGCAUAUAUUUCGUGUCUUCACCGAUAAUCAGGUGUCGUACACUUCAUGGUUUCUGGACGCCUUCAACUAUGCCAUAAUGCGCAAGAUUGAUGUACUGAAUCUCAGCAUCGGAGGACCAGACUUCAUGGACCAUCCCUUCGUUGAUAAAGUGUGGGAGCUCAGCGCUAAUAAGGUCAUCAUGGUAUCGGCUAUAGGUAACGACGGCCCACUAUACGGCACGCUGAACAACCCGGCGGAUCAGAUGGACGUCAUCGGCGUAGGAGGCAUUGGGUUCGAUGACAGGAUAGCGAAGUUCUCGUCCCGGGGCAUGACCACGUGGGAACUGCCGCAUGGCUACGGUCGCAUGAAGCCGGACAUCGUGACGUACGGCAGCGGAGUCCGGGGCUCCAGCGUCACCGGGGGCUGUCGUUCACUCAGUGGUACAUCAGUGGCCUCCCCGGUAGUGGCAGGCGCGAUCGCGUUGCUAGCAAGCGGGGUGCCUCGAAAUAACCUGACGCCGGCGUCCGUCAAGCAAGCGCUGUGUAUGACGGCGCUCCGGCUGCACGGGCCCAACAUGUUCGAGCAGGGUCAUGGGAAACUCGACCUUAUUAGUGCUUACCAGUUUCUCCGCAAGUACGAGCCCCAAGCAUCGUUGAGCCCGAGCUACAUCGACCUGACGGAAUGUCAGUACAUGUGGCCUUAUUGCACGCAGCCGCUGUACUAUAGCGCUCAGCCGACCAUAGCUAACGUCACUGUCAUCAACGGACUUGGCGUUUCAGGGAGAGUGAAAGAGGUGACGUGGCACCCCCACCUUCCCCACGGCGUACUGAUGUCAGUUUCUGCAGAAUACAGUCAGAUCCUCUGGCCCUGGUCAGGGUGGCUGGCCCUCAGCUUCUCAGUACUCGAGGAAGGCGCCGACUUCGAUGGCAUCAUUGAGGGCCACGUGAAUGUGACGGUGGAGAGCUACGACGACUCGGGAGAGAAAACUAUGAAGAAUGCCACACUCACGCUGCCUAUACGAGCCCGAGUGAUCCCAGUCCCAGUUCGUUCUCGGCGUCUCCUCUGGGACCAGUUCCACAGUCUCCGCUACCCUGGUGGCUACUUCCCGAGAGACGACCUUCGAGCCAAGCACGAUCCUUUGGACUGGCACGCCGACCAUGUCCACACGAAUUUCCGUGAUAUGUACCGUCGCCUGAGAGAGCAUGGAUUCUAUCUUGAGGUUAUGGGUUGUCCCCUAACCUGUAUAGACACAUCGUUAUACGGGGCCCUACUGCUAGUGGACCCUGAAGACGAGUACUUUCCUGAAGAGAUGGCGGCGCUGAAGCGAGCGGUCGACGCCGGCAUGUCUCUCGUCGUCUUCGCAGAUUGGUACAACGCGUCUUUAUUACGACACGUCAAGUUCUACGAUGAAAAUACUCGACAAUGGUGGAUACCAGAGACGGGUGGCGCCAACGUACCUGCUCUGAACGACUUACUCAGCAUGUAUCAGGUAGCACUAGGUGACCGCGUGUUCGACGGCGCGUUCCGACUGGGCGGUCACCCAAUGUACUACGCCAGUGGUACCCAUAUACACAGCUUCCCCGAACACGGGAUUUUGAUCACUGCCCCCCUCAGCGAUCAAGGACAUCAGAUAAUGUCAGGCGAGAAGCCUGGAGGAGGGGGCGGCGCGGCGGGUGGCGGGGAGACAGUCGACGUGCCGAUAUUAGGCCUCCUACAAACUGACGGCGAAACCAGAGAUUACACCAAUGACACCAGCGACAAGCCCAGGUCUGGGCGGCUAGUAGUCUACGGGGAUUCCUCCUGCCUCGAAGGGGGUGCAGCCCGUAGCUGCCACUGGUUGCUGCUAGCGUCCCUGCAGUAUGCCCUGGUAGGACACUUGCCGUCCUCCCUCAAGGACGCAGCCACGCCACGCCAACAUCGGCUCAGAGAUGUGCACAUUAUACCUUCAGAGUUACCCCAACGCGCGGAAGGAGGUCGUCUGCACGUGUACUCGCGGGUCCUGUCGCCCGAUGGUAGCGGGCCUCGGCCGGUGCCCGAGUGCGUCACGCUGGUACCCCUGGAGCCCCACCCUAUUCACGCGCCACCGUCGGCCAGGACACUAGCUCCAAGGCACCAACCCACCGACCCUAAGAGUAUAGGUGCGCUAGAGAUAGAGGGCACAGAGGCGGCGCCGCGGACGUGGCGGGGCGCAGGCGCGGCGCCGGCGCGGGGCCCCGGGGAGCGCGAGGCGGGCCCCUCGCUCGGCAGCCGCGCGCUCUCGCUGCUGGCCAUCGUCGCGCUCGUCUACUGCCUCAGCGCCGCCUGGAAGCGAUGCAGCCGCAAACUCCGCCGCCGGAGGCUCAUGGCGCUCAACUAGCAUCAGCUCAAGCCGCCCGCGCGGACUCAACCAACAAAAACUUAACGAGGGGCCAAAAAGUAUGACUGAACAAGUUAAACUUGUCUUUUUAGUGUCUCAAAAGUGAUAUACUCAUGAUCACAAUAUGUAAGUGACAGCAGUGUAGUGUUUUACAUUUAGUCAGUGCAAUUUACUAUUUAUUAAUAACUCUAACUUAUUGAACGUACAGCAAUCGCAAAGUUACAUUAAGCUUAUACGCAUUGAAAUUAUGUAAAAUAUUAUUUUAGAUCAAUUAUCUUGCGUCGUAAGUUUAAGAGGAUAUACGUAUGGAAUAAAGGCUCCAGCAGACCGGAUGCGUAUGCGUAACCACGCGCGUAGUCACGCGCGUAGUUACGGCGUAACCAUGAGUUGUAAUGUAUGGAAAUGUAUGAGACAGGCCACACCGCUUGCGUAACGACGCGCGUGUCUACGUUACGCA